AAUCUGCUAAACUUGUUUCAAAGUACGUAAAUUUUGAAAACACUGAAAGACCAGAUUCUGUCAUUAGUCUUCUCAAAGACUAUGGACUCACCAAAUACCAGAUAUCUCAAGUUAUUAGGGGACAGCCCAAGUUGAUUUUAUUCGAUCCCGUGAAGACAAUAUUACCAAAGAUUCAAUUUUUACGUUCGAUUGGGGUUUCUGGCUCAGACCUUCCGGUGAUGAUAUCUAAGAACCCAGUUUUCUUGUCUGGCAGCUUGAACAAUCUUUUGAUCCCAUUUUAUGAUUUUAUUAAAAGUUUGGUAUUUUCUGAUGAGAAAGUGCUUAUUAUAUUGAAACGCAUAUCAGCAUUCAACAUGUGCUAUGUCAAGGAACACUUGCCUGUUAAUUUAUCAGUCUUAAGAGAGCUCGGAAUGCGCCAAUCUACCAUCUCUAUUUUGAUUACCACUUCCCCCAACGCUGUAUGCACAAAUUCUGAAAGGUUUAGUGAAGCUAUUAAAAAUGUUGUAGGUAUGGGAUUUGAUCCUCUGAAUAUUUCAUUUGCCGAUGCUCUUCGAAUGAUAAUUCAAAUGAAUUCCAAAACAUGGAAACAAAAAAUUGAUGCUUACAGUAGGUCGGGUUUUUCGGAAGAAGAAAUAUGGUCUGUUAUCAAAAAGCGUCCACUGUGUAUGAGUUUAUCAGAGAAGACAAUUAUAAAGAAGAUAGAUUUUCUUGUGAACAAAAUGGGUUGGCAGCCUGCAAUUGUUGCAAAACAUCCAAUUGUUUUAAGUUAUAGUUUCGAGAAGAGGGUUGUUCCAAGGUGUUCAGUUAUAAGAGUUUUGAUUCUAAAGGGUUUGAUCAGAGCAGAAAUCAGUUUAACUUCUAUUCUUGGAUAUUCUGAAGAAAAAUUCUUGGACAUGUUUGUGAUCAAGCAUCGAGAACAGGUACCUGAAUUCUCGGAUGUUCUCCUGGGGAAAAUUGAUAUUGUUGAACUUGGUUUGAGUUUGAUGAAGAAUUUGGGGGAUUCAGCUGUAAAGCAUACAGCAGUUUAAUGUAAACCGGACACAACAUUGCAUUAGCUUGACUGAAAUGAGGUUACUUUUUCUAAUUAACUUGUAAUAGGUGAGUCUAUCAAUUUAUUUGUUAAUAAGAAGAUUCGUGUGUCUUGUACUAGUAGUAUUCUGUAAAUGCUUUUUGUUCACCAAAAAUUUUUAUCUAAAAAUGAACAGCAAAGACCAUGUAAUUUGAAAUUAAACAUUGUCAAUCCAUAGACAUGUAUGGUAAUUAGUUUUGCGUUGCUUUUCUUAA